AUGUUGCCACCAAGCUUCAACGCCCAUGACGGCUUCCUCGUGCCCGGGAGCUACGACAUUGCCAACCUGCUCUCUGGGAGGUCGCUCAAGGCGCGGCCGAACGACGUCUUUGUCUGCUCGUACCCGGACUGCGGCAACGACUACGUCCUCCGGAUCGUCUACGGCAUCUUGCACAACGACGUGGCGCCGAUACCGCCGCCCGAGACCGUCGUGCCGCACCUCGAGCGCGUGGGCAAGGAGGCCGCCGAGCGCAUGACGGCCAAGGACCACGCGCGCCUCUUCAAGACGCACCUUCCGAGCAAGUGGACGCCGGCGCACGAUGCGGCCAAGUACAUUUGCGUGGGGCGAAAUCCCAAAGACACGUCAGUGGCCCACUAUUACCGCACGCGCGAGUACGUCGAGGGCUACCACUACGAGAACGGGCAGUGGGACGACUACUUUGAGCUCUUCCUCGCGGGCCAGGUGGACUUUGGCGACUACUUUGACUUUUUCGUGCCCUGGUUCCAGCGCAAGGACGAAGACAACGUGCUCUUCCUGACGUACGAGUACCUCGCGGACGAGACGCGCGACGCGAUCCUGCGCAUUGCGCGCUUCCUCGGCGACGACUACGAAGACCGGCUCUUGGAGCACCGCGAGGAGCGUCUCCACGUCAUUGUCGACGCGCUCGAGAACGUCAAGGCGCCGCUGAUCCAGCUCGGCGACUGGAAAACGCUCUACUCGGCCGACCAGAGCGAGCGCAUGCUGCACAAGUUCCAUGAGAAGACCAGAGGCACGGGCGCCCAGCACAUGUGGGCCGACCUCAUGUAA